CUUCUGGGCUGAAUCACACACACACACACACACACACACAGAGCAGUGGUGUCUGUACACCAUGGCCUUGCUGGAGCUCGCUAUGCAGGGCUUCUCCAUCUUCGGAUUUAUUUUAUUUAUUGUCCUCUGGUUCAUGCAUUUCAUGUCCAUCAUCUACGUCCGCUUACAUCUCAAUAAGAAGAGCGGUGAUAAACAGCCCUACAGCAAACUGGCCGGAGUUUCGCUGCUCAAACCCCUGAAAGGUGUGGACCCCAACCUCGUCAGUAACCUCGAGACCUUCUUCGAGCUCGACUACCCCAAGUAUGAGAUUCUGCUCUGUGUGCAAGACCACGACGAUCCGGCCAUCGAUGUGUGUAAAAAGCUUCUGGGGAAAUACCCGAGUGUCGACGCCCGCUUGUUCAUAGGCGGUAAGAAGGUCGGCAUCAAUCCAAAAAUAAACAACCUCAUGCCAGGGUACGAGGGAGCAAAAUACGACUUGGUGUGGAUCUGCGACAGCGGCAUUCGAGUGAUGCCUGACACGCUGACGGACAUGGCCAGUCACAUGACAGAGAAGGUGGGUCUGGUUCACGGCCUCCCGUAUGUCGCAGACCGUCAGGGAUUCGCUGCUACACUCGAGCAGGUGUAUUUUGGAACAUCACACCCUCGCUCCUACAUCUCUGCUAACGUGACGGGGAUAAAGUGUGUGACUGGAAUGUCCUGUCUGAUGAGGAAGGAUGUUCUGGACCAGGCUGGAGGUCUGAUCGCGUUCGCUCAGUAUAUCGCUGAGGAUUACUUCAUGGCCAAAGCCAUCGCAGACAGAGGAUGGAAAUUUUCCAUGGCGACGCAGGUAGCCAUGCAGAACUCCGGCUCCUAUUCCAUCGCUCAGUUCCAGUCACGCAUGAUCAGAUGGGCGAAGCUGCGUAUCAACAUGCUGCCUGCCACCAUCAUUGAGCCCAUCUCUGAGUGCUUCGUGGCGAGUCUGAUCAUCGGCUGGUCGGCUCAUCACAUGUUCCGCUGGGACAUCAUGGUGUUCUUCAUGUGCCACUGUCUCGCCUGGUUCAUCUGUGACUACAUCCAGCUCCGAGGAAUUCAGGGCGGCGCACCGUGCUUCUCUAAGUUGGACUACGCCGUGGCCUGGUUCAUCAGGGAGUCCAUGACCAUCCAGAUCUUUCUCUCGGCGCUCUGGGAUCCCACCAUCAGCUGGAGGACGGGACGCUACCGGCUACGCUGCGGCGGCACGGCUGAGGAAAUACUGGAUGUGUAAAAGAAAGGAAAAAGGACAUUGAAGCAAACAGUGGACACAAUUGUGACAAAACAGGAAGAGUGGAAGAAAUGGGCGGAGUCAGAACAUGCAGAAAUAACUGCUCAAUCAUUUCAGAUUAUUGAUCUGUGAGAGUUUUAAGAAGUGAAUGAAUUUUUUUUUUCUAUCUUUUGUUUUAGGUUUUUAAGAACCUCUGGGCCGUGAGUGUGUGCGUGAGUGUGUGCGUGCAUGUGUGUGCCUGCGUGCGUGUGUGCGUGCACAUGCAUGCGAGUGCGUGCGAGUGAGUGUGUGCGCAUGCGUGAGUGUGUAUGUGCGUGCGUGCGUGUGUGUGAGUGCCUGAGUGAGUGUGCGCAUGCGUGAGUGUGUAUGUGCGUGCGUGUGUGUGAGUGCCUGAGUGAGUGUGCGCAUGCGUGAGUGUGUAUGUGCGUGCGUGUGUGUGAGUGCCUGAGUGAGUGUGCGCAUGCGUGAGUGUGUAUGUGCGUGCGUGCGUGUGUGUGAGUGCCUGAGUGAGUGUGCGCAUGCGUGAGUGUGUAUGUGCGUGCGUGUGUGUGAGUGCCUGAGUGAGUGUGUGCGCAUGCGUGAGUGUGUAUGUGCGUGCGUGCGUGUGCAUUUGGUCGAUUAGUGUUUAUGUUCUUGGUGCUUUUGCUGGCUUCGUGAUUGGAGGCUUUGAGUCCCAAAAUGAGCCAACGACUGACGUAGACGAGGAACAUAAUGGACUUUUGUUUAGGAAAAACAGAAAGAAACAAAAUUCUUUUUCUAGAAUGAGUUUUAUUUAUAUUUUUAUGUCCCGUGGUUCUGAACAGCGCUGUAAGCCCCGGGACAUGGGGAUAAGUCCAUGACUCGAUCAGUAGCAGUUCGGUACGAGACAGCGCUAAAAAGCUGUGAUCCACACGAUGCCGCAUGACGUAGCGUGACGUCACCACGUGUUCUGAUGAAAUCACAAAUCUGGACACAUUUCACGAUUAAUGUUCAAAUCGAGUCACUGAUUGUUUAACACUCAGUAGUGGACUGGUUUCCAUAGCGACAAGUUCCACAAAAACAUCACAGAUCUGAAGGUGUGAUGAUGAAGUGCGAGCUCAGAGAAUAAUCCCAGCAGGACACCAACAAUCCUGUGGAGUUUAACGUUUGUCAGCGGCACUUAUUUUCCUCCGCAGACGUCUGUUAGUUGUUUUUCUGUUUGUUUUUGUUUUUUUUUACGAUUUGAGUUGAAAGUUUUACACAUUCAGUCAUCCAACACGACAAACCUGAGCGUGAUUAAAACGCAGUCAGUAUUAGUGUGAGAUUUCACUCGUCCAAUCAGAUCCUUGUGCCACUAGGAUUAAGGAUUUAUUUACUGAUUUUUUUUUUUUUUUUAUAGAAGAAUUUACUUUGAUCUCAAACAGCACGAUUAAAGAUUUAAUCCAGAUUGAAAUUUCAUUCAGAUUUGAAUACACAGCUCUUUUGCAUCACUUUCUGGUUGCUGAUUGGCUGAAAACAGGUUACACAUAAAAACUAACCUAAAAUAAAACAGAUGGACUGAUAAUAACUGACCGUAUUUUACAGAAGUAAAUCGAAUCCUAGUGCCACAGAGACCCUGCGAGUGUUUGUUGGACGUUUGGUUUUAUCUUUUCCUGAAUUUGCUGCCUGAGCCACUAGUGUGACUCCAGACUGGAGACGAAUGGUGACACAGCUCCACUUUAACGUGACUUUAUUUUAUAUUAGCCUGAUGAUGAUGAUGAAGAUGAUGAUGAUGUAGAUAUGUUCUCAGACAGAUGGUUUCCCGCUACAGACACACCGGUCACGACUCAUGAGGAGCUCUCGUGGCUCGGAUCGGUCAGAUCAGGUGUGUUCGGGAUGAACGAAGUGACUGAAAUGUAAAAAGAUUAGCUCCGCCCCCUGACCACACCUGUAUAGUGAUUGGUGUGGUCAGUGUCUCGCCUUCGCCUUGCUGAUACUCUCACGACAUGACACACACUCCUCUCCCUGUGUCAGUAUUCCCCUCAGACGGUCGUUGUUUAUCUCACGGAAGUGUAUUUUUUUUUUCUAGAUAUUAUAUUAAACUGUAUUGAAUCCUGUUGCAUUUCAGUAACCGUGUAAAUCAGUAAUGCAUUUCAAAAUAAAUUAAACAAACACACUUCCCGUGCGGUAAACUCGGCCCUGCUGACCUUCACACGCUUUUUCCAGCUCGCAGAAGGCUGCUGCAUGUUAAGCACUCAAACACACCUCCAAAGAAAGAGUCGUCUUUUUCCCCUUCGUCUGAAAAGCUGAGACUCCCUGAAGCUCCGCCCCUUUCCCUCGUCUCACAUUACUGAUCUCUGCUCUGAACCUUUCUGUGCUGAUACGAUGCUCUGGCUUUCCGUCUCACUGACAGGAGAAUGUUGAGUUUGUUAAAGUCCAAACCGUCGUCACACAGUUCCAGUUAAAUGUCAGACAUUCUUCAGGAAUGAGAUCCAACAGAUCUACAAGUGAAACCUGAUUAAAAUGGUGCUCAGGUUCCUGAGAUGUUUUCUGAUGAACUUUAGUUGGUUCUUGUUCUCCAAGCUUUACGAACCCCAGACAAGGAUAAAAAAAACUGAACAGGAUGAAAGUCGGUGAAAGAAGGAAAGGAGUGAUGAUGAUGUCACACACGAGCAUCGUAGCAACACCAAAAUUCUACUCGUUGUCGACUGGACUGUACAUCAGGGAUCUGCUCACGUUUUACAGGACAGAGUGUCUCUCUCUCUCUCUCACUCACACACACACACACACACACACACACACACACACACACUACUUUUUAUUUUAUCAGAUGUGUGUAAAUUACUGUCCUGGCUCUGCCCCCAGAUCCUUUCUCCGCCCCCAGAUCCUGGCCCCACCCCCUUGCACUGAUGCUGACAGUAUUAUACUAUAGACUUUUUAUUUUAGACUUUUUUUUAUCCAUUUUUUUUCUUAUACUUUCACAUUUUGCUAAAAAUCUGAAACUUUAUUUAUUUUCCUAAACCAAAUUCUCCGUCUGUAUUUUCCUCCUGUGUUCAUGUUGCUGUUUCCUUUCUGCUCCUUGACAGGUAAAGAGGGAUUAACACACAACAGUCAGCAAUAAAAGUCUUAAAGUCCUGCUCAGUUUAGUCUGUGAAAUAAAUAUCACACACACACACACACACACACACACAUACACAGAGACACACACACACAUCUAUUAAACCUUUCAGAUUUUCAUUUCAAAAUAUCUUUACAAGCAAUUUAUUGUAGUUCAGCAGUGUGCCAUAAUGCUGUACUGUUUGUUUAUAUUCAUUAUGUGCCAUAAUGCUGUACUAGGGGUGUGUGUGUGUGUGUGGCUUAUAAAUGCCCGCUGUAGUGAAAUAUUUCAAAACAGAUUUUUACAUUUUUGUUCUGUCCUCUUCCUGUGUGAGAAAACAGCCCUCUGUACAUGAGCAAGAGUGUUUAGAGGUGUGUGUGUGUGUGUGUUUGACCUUCUCAAUACUGUGAGUGAGUUUAUUGUUGUGUGGCUCACGGUGGGGAACUGGACAUCAUGAUUUACUUAUUUUUUCUGUGUGUGUGUGAGGCUGGUGGUGUAGACCUCAAUGCAAAAACCAAAUUCAAAAUCAGGGUCACCUUUUUCUAGCUUAAAAUUGAAUUUUUUUGUGUGAGUGCGUGUGUGUGUGUGUGUGUGUGUGCAGGGGUGUGUGUGUGUGUGUGUGUGCAGGGGUGUGUGUGUGUGUGUGCAGGGGUGUGUGUGUGAGUGCAGGGGUGUGUGUGUGUGUGUGUGUGAGUGCAGGGGUGUGUGUGUAGGGGUGUGUGUGUGUGUGUGUAGGGGUGUGUGUGUGUGUAGGGGUGUGUGUGUGUGUAGGGGUGUGUGUGUGUGCAGGGGUGUGUGUGUGUGUGUGUGUGUGCGUUCCGCUACACCAGCAGCCUCUUGUGUGUGAAAGUUGUAGAAAAGUCCAGUUGUGAUCCACCGUCAUGUCUUUUACACACUACACUAAGACCCUUUUAUAGAUGACGUACACUGUAUUUAUGAACUGUUCCAUUGUAAGUGCUGAAUGAAGCUUAAUUUAUUCUUGAGCUGGACUUUGUGUAGUUCCUCUGUUAUCUGCAGUGUAGAGAAUUAGACCUGUGGCUGGUUUUUUUUUCUUCUCUUUUUUUAUAUAGAUGUCGCUGUGUUUGUGUUUAGGAGAAAAAACACUUCUAAACUGCAGCAGGGAGCCUCACUAAUUAAAGGUGUCCCCAACCA